GGGAGUCGCAGCAGCAGCAGCAGCAGCAGUAGAGUAGGCAUCCGCGCCACACAUACACAGACAGUGAAUGAAGAGCAGUGUGGCAGACAUCGCUACAGAGGGGGCUUCCAUCAGACGAGGAAACACCCCCUUACACACACGCGCGCAGACACAGUGAGGCAGUGAAAGGACUGUCAGAUUAGGCGAUCCUCUGAGCGGGGCUGAAAGGAGAAAGAGGGAGACCUCCUGUGUGUGUUCCUGUCCGUCUUGUGCUCUAAUGAGAGAAGCCAUGCCUGUCCUGUCAGCCAGCACAGGCCUACACGAGAUGCUAGCCUUGCUAACAUCUCAGCUGCACCCAGACGCCAACCACAAAGAGGAUCUGGUCUUCCUCCGAGAAGUCUUCAGCGAGAGGAGCCUCAGCUACCUAAUGAGAAUCCAUGAGCGUCUCAGGCAGUAUGAACAUCAGAGCCCUACCCCAGUUUUCCACAGCGCCGCCUGUCUUGCAGAGGAUGUGGCUGAGGAGCUGCAGAAUGGGCCACUGGAUGGAGACGAGAAAGAGCUGCUUAUGCUUCUGACCACUCCACACGUGAAGGCUGUGCUAACGGUUCAUGACACGGUGGCACAGAAGAACUUUGACCCCGUGCUGCCCCCGCUACCAGACGACCUGGACGAUGAGCUAGAGGAGGAGUCGGUCAAGAUUGUUCGUCUGGUGAAGAAUAAGGAACCACUGGGGGCAACCAUCCGCAGGGAUGAGGUAACCGGGGCAGUGGUGGUUGCUAGGAUCAUGAGGGGCGGCGCUGCUGACCGCAGUGGGCUGGUGCAUGUUGGGGACGAGCUGAGGGAAGUCAACGGAAACCUAAUCAUCCAUAAACGACCCGAUGAGAUCAGCCAGAUUUUGUCUCAGUCUCAGGGCUCCAUCACUCUGAAAAUCAUCCCUGCUAUCAAGGAGGAGGACAAAUUCAAGGAGAGUACGGUCUAUUUGAGGGCCUUAUUUGACUACUCUCCAUUUGAGGACAAGGCCACGCCCUGUCAGGAGGCAGGACUACCCUUCCAGCAAGGUGACAUUCUGCAGGUGGUCAGUCAGGAUGACUCCACAUGGUGGCAGGCCAAACGUGUUGGGACAGCAACCUGCGGGCCGGCCUUAUCCCUUCCAGACUAGUGCUUCCAAGAGAGGCGGCUGGCACACAGGAUGAAAAUGGGCACCUAUCAAAGUCCUAAGUCACCAAGAGCACCACCCUAUGAUCAAGCCUGUGACAAAGAGGAUUGUGACUGUGAGGGCAGUAGCAGUGGGCAGCACGUAGUUUCUCCGAAGUGUAAGGCGGUGGCACCCUCCUGUGGCCAUGCCUUUUCCUGGGAGUUCUAUUCAGCUGGUCUCAGGAGAAGUUUACCGUUUAGCCGUAAGGACCGACAGAGUUCUCCUGGAGAGUCUCGGCCUCCAGAAUCUGGAGAAGCCGUUGUCACCUAUGAAGAGGUGACGCGGUAUCAGCAGAAGCCUUCAGAGACACCCAGCUGGUGGUGGCUAAUCGGGUCUCUUGGGGCUCGGAUCAAUGAACUGAAACAAAAAGUGAUUGCUGAGAACCCUCACCGCUAUGGAGUAGCCGUUCCACACACCACCCGGUCCAGGAAGAGCCAUGAAAAAGAAGGCGUGGAGUACCAUUUCAUCUCCAAACAAGCCUUUGAGGCAGACAUUCAGAGUAACAGGUUCAUUGAGUAUGGAGAGUAUAAAGAUAACCUGUAUGGGACGAGUCUGGAGUCCAUCCGCAGUGUACUGGCCAAAAACAAAAUGUGUUUGGUGGACGUACAGCCUGAGGCUCUGAAGAUCUUGCGUACAGCAGAGUUUAAGCCCUAUGUGAUAUUUGUGAAGCCGCACCUACCUGAGGAUUGCCGCCAGCACAGCACGGCUACAUCACCAGGAGGUGGUGACAACGGUCAGAUCACGGAUGAAGAACUGGCGGAGAUGCGUCACUCAGCAGAACAGAUGGAGCAGCAGUAUGGCCACCUGAUGGACAGGGUCAUGGUGAAAGAGGACUCUGUCAGUGCCUGUGUGGAUCUGAGGAACAUUCUGGAGCGACUGGAAAGGGAGCCUCAAUGGGUGCCAGUCAGCUGGGUGCGGCCGUGACUCUCUGACCGCACCACGUCAUCUGAUGGUGCAUUGGGAAGGUCCUUGUGAAUUCACAGUUAUCAGUUUCUGUGUUCACCGCAAGGAAGCUGCAUUCAAGCGGCUGACAAAGGUGUAAAGAUAGUUGUAAAGUGGUAAACUCAGGCAAGUUCAGUGUUAACCGAUUUUAUUAGCCAGUACAGUCUCUGAUUCCACACAAACAUAGCAGACAAAGACGGCAAACAAUGCAUUACUGGUAAAUCACUGCAAUCAGUCAAUGUGUCACAUUCAUAAAUGAUUGUAAUAUGAAGACUACCUCUAUUGAAUAGACAGGCCCUAUCAGUAAACAGCAGUAAGUGAUCCAUUUGCAGUGCUGUGUCAUUAGUAGCAUGUUAUUCAUUUUUCAGCAACAGGAAAAAGAGCAGAAAACAUAUAUUUCACAGAAAAAUACACAAAAAGCCUAAAAUAAACUAAAUAUAGGCUGAUCAUAAUAAUAAGGCCCAUUUUCUUUUUCAUUUUCUAAUUAUUAUUCCACUUUGGCAAACUCCUAUUUUUUCACUUGUUUUCCUUUGACUUUCCCCUUUCUUUAUGCAAGGAAUCUGAUCUCCUUUAUCCUGGAAAAGUAAUAACUUGUACUUAAUGGCCACUUUGAGUAAAUAAAUGAAUUGGGAUCUCUGAUGUUUGCACAGUACUGCAUGUAUUGUUUACAUGGAAAAUACCAAUUGUUGAUGAUAAGCCAAGCACAAAACUGGCAGUUUCUACAUGGUUGACAAGAGCCAGCUGAAAUGCAUCACAACAUAAUCUUUGCCAACUCCAGUCUUGAUGGCCACCUACAGUAUCUCACAAAAGUGAAUACACCCAUCACAUUUCUGCAAAUAUUUUAUUAUAUAUCUUCAUGGGACAAC